CCACCAAAUGCUUUUAUCCAAGGAGUACGUAAACGCUCUACGCGAUUUUAAAUUACGUAACGUAGCUCUGUGAGUCGCUAUGUGUUUCUUUUUCCCCUGCGUUUGUUAUUAGAGAAAGUGAUGGAAAAAUAUGAAAAAUUGGCUAAAAUUGGAGAGGGCUCCUACGGUGUGGUGUUUAAAUGCAGGCACAGAGAUACUGGUCAGAUAGUUGCCAUUAAGAAGUUUGUGGAAUCUGAAGAUGAUCCAGUUAUUAAAAAGAUUGCACAGCGAGAAACACGUAUGCUGAAGCAGCUAAAACAUGUGAAUUUGGUCAACCUAUUGGAGGUAUUCAGGAGAAAAAGACGUCUCCACUUGGUGUUUGAGUUCUGUGAACAGACAGUCCUCAAUGAGCUGGACAAACACCCCCGAGGGGUCCCUGAAGCUCAGCUGAAAAGUAUUGUGUGGCAGACACUGCAGGCUGUGAACUUCUGUCACAAGCACAAGUGCAUCCACCGUGACGUAAAGCCAGAGAACAUCCUUCUCACCAAAACCGGAGUCAUCAAGCUGUGUGACUUUGGCUUUGCCCGCAUUCUGACGGGACCAGAGGAUGACUACACUGACUACGUAGCGACCCGCUGGUACCGGGCCCCAGAGCUUCUGGUGGGUGACACCCAGUAUGGACCUCCUGUUGAUGUCUGGGCUCUGGGCUGCGUCUUUGCUGAGCUUCUAAAUGGGAAUCCUCUCUGGCCCGGGAAGUCUGAUGUUGACCAACUGUACCUCAUUCGAAAAACUCUGGGUGACUUGAUCCCCCAUCACCAGCAGAUUUUCCGUUCCAAUGUUUUCUUCUCUGGAGUCAGUAUUCCUGAACCGGACACCAUGGAACCCUUGGAAUGGCGAUUCCAUGGAGCUUCUCCUCAAGCUCUUCAGGUCAUGAAGUCCUGCCUAGUUAUGGACCCCUCGCUCCGGCUGUCCUGUGAGGAGCUGUUGGAGCUGCCAUACUUUCAGGAUCAGGGAGGGGCGAACUGGGGCCGAGAAGUGGAGCGCCCUGGAAGGAGACAUGACAGAGGGUCCCGGCGCAGACAAGCUGGGGUCCAGUAUCUUCCUCAGUUACCUCAGAGUAACAUCUCACCUGCCCCAGAUGUCAAGAAACUAGUAAAGCAUAAAUAUCACCUGCCCAACAUUUAAAUACAUCAACAAUUUUAGUUGCAGCUAUUGAAUUAAACUAAUAAAAAAUGCAAUUGCUUUCCUUGACUAUGUGCAGUCCCUUUGUUACACCUGAUAUGUAUUUUAUCCUGUGUUGUGUUUGAUUAUAUAAUUCCAGUUUUAUUUGUAAAUCUUAGCAGGAUAAGACAAAACAUACAUUUUAUUUUGAACUC